AUGGAGUAUCAAAGCUAUUUCGAUGACUGGGAAUUUGAAAACCAAUGCAAAGGGUUCACUCAGCAUGAGCAAUUCGGCUCUUUUGUCAACCUUCUUUGCGAUAUGGAUCAAUAUUUGGAAUCUUCUAUUCCUUCAGACAUUUUAAAACUGGAUCCAGAAGACAUCCCUAUAUGCGAUCCUGUAAAAAUUGUACAAACUGACACAAAACCAAGUGAAAAUGACACAAAAUCGAGUGAAACAGCAGUAAAGUUGGACAUCACUCAAAUCCCACCGAAGGCAGAGAGGCUUUCUUUACAGCAAAGGAAGGAAAAAGUGGAGAAAUUCUUGGCUAAAAGACGAAAAAGGCCUUGGCAUAAAAAGUUUGACUACAGCGGAAGACGAAGAGUUGCUGAAAAAAGAUUAAGAAUCAAAGGGAGAUUUAUCUCCAAAGAGCAAGCAAAAGUGCUUGGAUUAGAUAAGAUCCAACCUUUCUAA